GAAGAAACCGUGAAAGAUUGCCCCCAAUGUAGUAAGAGCCAUGAGGAGAUGAAAGGUAUAAAUGACCAGUUAGAAGCUGCAAAGGGAGAUAUUACUGAAAAAGAUGACAUCAUCAAACAACUUGAGGAAGAACUUAAGCUAUCCCAACAGGCAGAGAAGGUGGAAGAGAUUCGUGUAAAGAGUGCCAGGGAGCGGCCCCAACCUGCAGCUAGUAAAUCUGCAGACAGUAGUUCACCUUUUGUAGUGAAGCAGCUAAAGACCAAACUUGACCUUGCUAAUGAUGACCUCAGCUACAAAGAUGCUCUGAUUAAACAGCUGGAGGCUGAGGUUAAGAAGGUCCCAAGAGGAGGUCAGAAGAUUGAACAAAUUAAGAAGAAUGCUCAGAAGUUCAAAAAGAAGCCAAUAGCCAAAGCUUCAAAUCUCAGGCCAGGAGUUUCAACUCAACAGGCUAAGGGCAAAGGUGGCUGCAAUCAUGAGCCUGAAUUAAAACAACAGAAAGAUCACAUAGCUGAUCUAGAACAUGAACUACAGGAGAUCAAGAACCAACUGGGAGUUGAAACAUAUUAUUCCGAUGGUGAAGAUGGUCCUAAGGCUAAUGCAGAUACAAAACGCACUAAAGAUCGCACGAAAACUGAAGGGAAGAAGUCCAAACAUGGUAAAUUAAAGGUCCGUCCCAAGAGGGGUGAACCAAAUAAAGAUUUAUUCUACCCAGAUGGUAAACCAAGGAAAGGUAUCUAUGAUGGAACUGAUAUUUCUGACCAGAAG